CUGGCACGCAAAACCCUACAACGGACACACUAAACGUCAAAACGACGUCUGCUUGUCAAAAUUUUAACGUUGAAAGGCUUGGAGAAGCUUUCAAUGUCAAUCAAAACAAAAACAAAGCAACGUGUGUUUUCUUCAAGAUCUUAACUUUUCUGUUCCUGGAAGAAAAUGCCUCCUCCGAAGUUAAAACUUCACAAAUCAUCAGGAAAAGUAAAGGAUCUCAAACUAUUGAAAGCUCCUGAGCAAAAUACAUCUCAAGUUGUGGAAAAUAAUAUUGAAUUGGAGCUCUGUUGGUGCGUUCAAAAAUUGGAACUUUCCCUGUCUUCGGGAAAAUUGUCCGAAAAACAAGCUUUAGAUACAGAGAAAACACUGAGGAUUCUCAAAGGAGCAAAUCAACCUGUAAUAAAGAAACGACAGGUAAUGCGAAAUACCUUUGGUGACUACCGGGCACAGAUGGCUGAAGAAGAAAAGCAACUUUCUCUUGUGGCUAAAAAGAUAAAAUUCACAACGCCAAAGGAGCAAAAGAAUGAUAAAAAUGCCUCCAAAUCAUAUUUUGUAAAGAAGUCUGCUCUGCAACAUUCGGGAACUGACUUUAAGUUCAACUUUAAUGUUGAUGAGAAUCAAAAAUGUUCUGAAAGUGAGACAAAGUCGGAAGAUAAGAGCGAAACAACAAAGGAGAGUCCUGAGCAUCCUGAUGGUCCUGAUUGCCACGAUAGUCAAUCUAAAAGUAAAUUUAUUCCUUCGGAUAAUUCUUUUAGAUUCAAUUUUCAAGUUGAAGAAAAUUAAAAUAAAUAAAGAAAAAUUGA